GAGGUCGCCGAGGAGACCGCCGAGGAGGUCGCCGAGGAGGUCGCUGAGGAGACCGUCGAGGAGGUCGCUGAGGAGACCGUCGAGGAGGCCGCUGAGCCUGCCGUUGAGGAGGCUGCUGAGGUUGUCGCCGAGGCCACCGUCGAGGAGGCCGCUGCUGAGGACGAUGUUGCUCCUACCUCUGAGCCCGUCAAGCUGGGCGGUAAGUUCCGCGCCCUGUACGACUACGAGGCCCAGGAUGAGUUCGAGACUAGCAUCAUGGAGGGCGAUAUCGUUUCCGAUGCCGAGCAGCUUGCCGACGGCUGGAUGCGCGCCACCGUCGAGCGUACCAUGAUCCGCGGUCUGAUCCCCUCCAACUAUGUCGAGCAGCAGUAA